AUGAGUGAUAUUAAUGUUUAUAUAUUACAUUUGUUAAUGCUGGCAACAUAUUUUGUCGUUCUUCCAUCUAAUUGUACGAAAGAACCUGUUCCUCUAGAUGCUAAGCUGAAGGUUCCAAAUGAUGAUAUUGAAAAAAUAGUAAAGUUCAGGAAAGGCACGACCUUUAAAAUAAAGGAUUCGAUAAACAAAAGGAUCGGAGAAGUUACAUAUGGGUCGAUAACGAUAAUGAAGGAUUUAGAAGAGGACAUAGACGAAAGAGUGGUAUAUCUUAAUGCUUUGAAACGUUCAUCGGAGAGGUACCUUACUAAAAUUGUCACCAAACGAGGAGAUGUUCCAUACACUGAGGAGUUUAUAGUAGAAGACAGUCAUAGAACUAAAACAUGUACGAAGGUGAUUCGCGACCCUAUUGAUGUAAAUAUAAGAAACGUGGAUGACAGUUGCGUCAAAACGACCUACUCUCAAACUUACUGGCAUGAAUAUUCGAUUCGGAAUGAGUUGAAUACUCAGUACAGGAUUGGAAACAUAUUCGAUGGAGACACUCCAGUAGUAAGAGACUCUGGUGACUCGAAUGUUCGAAUGAGGUUUUUCCAUGUUUCAGAAUCUCAGCUUGUUGAAAGUUUGUUGAGCAGGUGCAUCCCAUUCCUUGUACGGUCUAAACCAACAUUAAUAAGGGUAUUUACCUAUUAUUACAUCGGCGAAAGGUCGUUUGACGAAUACGUUGAAAGUAACCAGGGUGGGAGGAGGUCGUACGUGGAGUUAGUCAGGGGGUCAUUUGACUUGAAUUUGGCUAGGAGAAAUUCUAAGCAUUUCAAGAGAUACAAAAUCGAUUCAGAGACAUUCGUGCACUCCAUUUCCGAUGCAUACAAGAAUGAUAAAAAGAUAGGAAAGGUAAUUAACAAAAACAUAGUAGUUAUAGAAGAUAGUACAGAUGUAAGGUUAAGAAGUGUAUAUACGUAUGCAUAUGAUAAAGACUUCGAGCAAGUAGAAGUCAAGAGUUGCUACAAAAAGGGCGACUGCAAAAGGUGUAAGUACAUCUUAGAAGAUAACAAGUAUAGUGAAACCGCUUGCAAAAGGGAUAGAGUUGGUGGCCAAGAUGUAGGUUCCUCGUCGAAGGUGUUCGAAUCCAGGGAGGUGCUGGAAACCAGCGUUGAUAAAAAGGCUAACACGUACAUAGCAGACAUAGUUUCAUUUGAGGAUAAAGGAGAACGGCCUAAUCAAAUAGUGGUUGAUAUCGCAUAUGGUGAACCAAGGGAGUUUACAAUAGAAACUAUGCCUCAGUCUGGAGCAAAGUACUAUUCUCUAAACAAAGAGUACGCCGGAAAGGACUUAUAUUUGAGGAUAACUGAAGAUGCUACAGUGAUUACAACCAUACAUCUGUAUAAAGCUAAUGAGGUUCAUUUCAUUGUAAAAACAGGAGAAAACGGUAGGAAAAGGGUGUUUGUAUGGGUUAAGUGUGGGCUGGAACUGUUCAAGGGGCACGAUUUUGUAAUUAUAGAUACGCUUAAACAAUCUAUCGAGUACAAGACCAGUAAAUUAUCAACAAAUAGUACGGAGUUUAUAAGAACCAUGGUAAACUAA